AUAUUUCUUCCACUGCCUGUAGAUGAAAAAAUAACCUUGACUUUCAAUAACGCACCUCUAGGCUCUUAUUUUGAAAGCGGAAACCGGCGGAGCUACUGUCCAUUCUUUUGACCUUGACGUUAGACGGGUUUUCAGCACAGCGUGCAGUUUCAGUCCCCGGACAGCUGCUCCACCACAGCAUCACAGCUACGCCAGGCGGGAGUCCGGGAGGGAGAGGAAAACGUCGGACAAUGGACACUGUCCAGCCUGCUGGGUCUCAGCGGGCCACGGAUCUGUGUUUAACAGCAAAACCAGCCGGGACGGAAAUGUUUUUUUUUGUUUGUUUGUUUUUUAUCAGCAUUAGCCUGUGCGCGUGCACAUGAGGAUCUACUGUGCGUUUGGUUUGCGUUUUAAUUUGGGCUCAUUUAGACUGUCGGAUAAUUGGAUUGAUUUUAACUUUGUCUCUUUAAACCCUGAGGUGUUGUGGAUGCUGGUCUUGGAUGGCCGCGUGUUGCCGAUUACGAGCCAGAUGAUGCUCGAUUGAUCCGAGUGUUGGCUCUCUGAUGAGAGACGUGCUGUGCUGCACCGAGCUGACCAAAUGAUUCUCCGCUCCUUCCCAACAACUCAGGGUGCCAAGCUUCUCCUGAGGUAGGACCCUCUCUGUAGGCCUGUUCCUGACACCCAGCAGCCAUGGACCCCCUCCCAGAGUACUCUCUGUUCCUGACCCGGAUCCUGGAGGAGCUGGACACCAAGCACAACACCAUGUCCUACCAGGACCUGUGCAAGUCCCUGUGCGGCCGCUUCGACCUGGUGCACCUUGCCAGGCUGCGCAGCCUGCUCUUCUACACAGCCUGCCUGGACCCCGCCUUUCCGGCUACCCUCUUCAAGGACAAGAUGCGCUGCUCCAUGGAGGACCCACAGUCCAAGAAGCUCAUGGUGGCAGCAGACAUUGUCACCAUGUUCAACUUGAUCCAGAUGAAUGGAGGAAUAGCCAAAGACAAACUCCCCAUAGUACACAGAGCUAAAAUCCACAAGAACCAGUCGGUGGAGCAGUGCAGGUCUGACAGUGAUGCCUAUACGUUUCAGGACUGUGACAAAGGGGUUGGCUAUGAGCACAUAAAUCCCCCUGUGGGUGGAAACUAUCACUACCAUCACCUCAACCACCCGCAGCAGCACCCUGUGGCUCAGAAUGCCCCUCUCUGUCCUAAAUCACCUGAGUGCAACAACUGCCAGCAGUUUAUUCCCACCUCGGACCCUAAUUUCCUUCUGGGGCUUAGCAAGGACUUGAAAUGUAGAGCAGCUUCCCUGGACAAAUUGCAUCAUCUGCCACAGUACUCCAGCAGCAGUCCGCCCUCUCCACCCUGCGAAAUGGAGAGCACCUACUUUCCCAUAGAUAGCGAGUCCACCACCGACCAGGAGUCCCUGCAGCACAUCAGCCAUCCUGAGCCCUUUUCUGUUCACCCCUGCAUUCAGAAGAGGAACAUCUUUAAAGAGGAAUUCCACAACUUCGCAGCCUUCUCACCACAGGUCAUCACCACUGAGAGCAAACAGGGCAGUAAGGCUGCUGGCGGCUACCACCGGAAGGAGCUGCACAAACCUGCCACCUUCUUCAACCACAGCUUUGAAAUACCUUACAGUAACCCCUACUUUGAGCCAACACUCAACUUCCCUCUUCAGGACAAACGGAGGGUGAAGCACGAGAGCCUGGACGACUUACAAGCAUCCACAUACUUCGGCCCGACCACGGUCUCUGAGUGCGUCAGCAGCAGGAAGCACAGUGCCAAAGCCGGGAAGCAGCCGCCGUGGCCAGUGAAGAGUCUCAGUCUCAACACAGAAGAGGGGCCUCCAGACUUGGAUAGGUCAUUUCUGAAGAGCAAACCACUCAAAGAUAACCACCAUCGAAAUAUCAGCAUCAUCAGCACUGACAAUGAACAGUAUUUUCAGAACCCGAAGGAAAAGGCAGUAACUUCUACAUUUGGCUUUGCAAAGAAAACUAACGGAAUAAAAACCAAAGAUGUAGCAGUAAUGGCAAGUGGGCUGGCGGGUUUGGACAAAAGAGAAGUAGCCAAAAGGUUUAGAGAGAAAAAGAUGAACAGUCCCUCCUUUCAGGGAGGAGACAGCUCCUCUAGUGUUGGAACUCAAACAGAACAGGCUGAGCAGAAGAAAGUGGAGGAAUAUCCAGCUAAGUACAGUGACAGAGAAAGGCAUGCCUUUAAGCAUUCUGAUGAGGACUCUGAGCUCAUUAGUGAUGACAUAAGUGACAUUUUUCGUUUUCUGGAUGAUAUGAGUGUUUGUGACUCUCUGGGCAUUGUCCAACCGUCCUGCUACAACAGUAAUGGGUCUCUUUCUCAGGUAACGCUGAAGUCUGAAGGUGACAGCUCUCCUGAAGGCAACACAGUCAAACUAGCCAAGUCCAAGCUGGACCGCCUCUUCCAUUCGCUGGAAAACACAGACGAUGAGCUCAAAUCGAGUGUGUGCAAGCUGGUGAUGAGGAUUGGUGAGAUUGAGAAGAAGCUGGAGUCCCUGUCGGGGGUUCGCAGUGAGAUCUCCCAGGUGCUCUCCAAACUCAACAAGCUGGAUGAGAAGAUCCAGGAGCCUGAGGCCAAUGGGAUGGCAUCUGCAUGCGGGUCCAUUGCCACCCCAGACAAGCCAAAACCCCACCCUCAUCCGCCCGACACCACCCUUUCACCUUGUGUUUUCCAGUGCCACACCACUGGCCACAAUAUCAAAAUGGACAAUGGCUCCUCAGGGGAGUGGUGCUGCUCAGAUGGGAGUAACAGCGAUAGCCUCAGAGUCAAAGCUCUGAAGAAGAGCAUGUUCACUAGGAAGUCAUCCUGCUCGCUCAACGAGGACACUGGUGCCACUGAGUCUAAGGUCACUAGCGUCACCAAUUCUCCGCGGGACUGGAGGACAGUGUCCUACACCUGCCACCCUGGAGACGAAAGCAAGGACAGACACCAGAAAGCUAAAGAGGCAGAGCGAGAGCUUCAGUACGAGCUCCCGCUUGCCCACCGCCCUCCUAAACCGCCGAAGGACUCCUACUUGAUCGAACAGGUCUUCUCACCACACACUUUCACACCCUCCAUUAAGGCCCAUGUGAAAGGCAGCCCCCUAUACACCGACCUGAGGCUCACCGGUCCGUCAGAUGGCAAGCAUGGUCGGCCAUCCUGGACCAUCCAGGAAUAUAAACGCAACUCAGGAGAGAAGGGAAAGCAGCUCACAGCUCUGGACUUGCAGACCCAGGAGUCCCAAAACCCCAACAACCUGGAUUACUGGAUGGAGGACAUCUACACACCAGGCUUUGACUCAUUGCUCAAGAAGAAAGAAGCAGAGUUCAGGAGGGCUAAGGUGUGUAAGAUCAUGGCCUUGAUCGCAGCCGCUACCUGCACUGUGAUCCUGGUCAUCGUGGUUCCUAUUUGCACCAUGAAAACAUGAGCGAACCAGGAUGGAGUGGCCCUGCCUAAUGAAUGGUACACUUAUACUGCAUUCUUUUCUGUUUGUGAACUAGGUAAGUGUACAGCAGAUUUACCGACAAUACGAACGUAGUGGGACUCAGUUGGAGUUUUUUUUGUUUGUUUUAAAAGCAGUAUGUACUUUUGGUGGUCUUUCUUGCCAAUAUAAGAAUGAUUAGGACAGCUAUUGUACAAUAGAAAUUAAUUCAGCAAGUGCAUAAUAUAUACUGUAUAUGUGUUGGUUUAACAGGUGUAGAUUAUUGUAUUGUUAUAAAAAUCAAAACUGACAGUUGGAAGCUCAUUGAUUUAAUUAUCUGUCUGUAGCAGAUGACCAUUGAAUGAAAUUGGAUUUGUUAUUGUAGCCACAGUGUGAUAUUUUUAUUUUUCGUAAUAUUUCUGUACAGUGUAUUUUAAUCAAAGUUAUUUUUGAUGAAUUAUCUGGUUGAAUGUGAAAAUUUAUCUUUAUUUUAUUAUCUUUCUUUAAUAACAGCAAGCAUUUUAAGUAAUGAAAUUUGUGCAACAUACUUUUCUAAGUAGAAAUAUAUUGAAGUACUUAAGUUGAAAUAGAGGUAUACUUGUACAUAGAUUGCAGACACAGUAUGACUACACAGCCAAACUGAAUGUAUUCAUUAUGUUAGCCUACUUGGAAAGGAAUGAUUUGAAUUAUAACCAGCCAACAGCACAUACCUGCUGUUCCUGAAACAGUGGAUUUGCUUUUUGUGUUUGCUCAGUGAAUACUUGGAGUUCUGCAUCACCGUAGACAAGUGAGGCUAACCUGGGAGAAUUGUAUGGGCUCAGCACUAUUGAUUGAGCUAGGUAGCACAAACUAAAUAGAGCAACAGAGUGGGUUUGUCCAUCCAUUCACUGCUGCAGUCUCCUUAAAUGCCUUAAAGUUCAAACAUUUCCGUAGCCCAUCCAUUUCCAUGCCAUAGCCUAGCAACCCCUAGUUUAGCCUCACUAUAGAAUAGUAGCCCCUUGGUUAACAUACAUAGAACCCUGCGCACGUUAGAUUAAAAGAUAAGGCUCGUGUCUUUCUAUAUUUUUCUUACUGUCAACAAAUCACAGUGAUGGGGUAGUCAAUCUCUCAACACUUUCUGACUUCCCUACCCUGAUUGUACUACAAAAUAUAUGCUCAAAGCAUCAAAGGUUAAACUGCAUUUUUAGAAAGAAUUCCCAAACACUGCAGGUGAACCUGUAGGGAUAUAUUUACAUGGCGAGUGAAAAAUCUGCAUCAAUAAAUACAUAGAACCCUUCAUAAUAAAUAAAACAAGGCCUCACCAAAAUUCCAAUGUCCAAACACUACACCAAUGUAUACAUAUGUCGAGUAACAAUAAUCAAACUGCAGCUUUUGAUCCACUCGUCCUGCUACGCACCUGUCUUAUGAAAUAGAAGUGUUCCUCUGUUUUGACUCACAGCAGAUCUGUCAUUUUUCUUCAGCACUAUUUACUUGCAUAUACAAGAGACUUCAAUUAGGAGAGACUUCAUUAAGAGUGAACAAUAUUUAUUGACAUGUGCAUAAUAAAGAUGAGAAAUGUAGAGAGUCUUUGGCAAUCAUAUCCCAUCAUCACAUGACAGCUGACAGCAGCAGAGAGGAGAACAGAUUUAAAGUUUGACAGCAACGAUAUGAUUGGCUGAUGGAGACUGUAGCGAAAUCUGUUUGGUUUACUGAAGAGUAAAUGCUCAUACUGAUUACAAAGAAGUGGGAGAAGAGGGAGAGAAGAAAGACAGACAAAUGUAAAUAAAUUAUUAGCAAUGUUUUCCUUUUUAAACUUACAUCAUCAUAAAUUCCUUUUGAAAGAUCAACAAAAUACUGCAUAACUGUGCAGCUACAUUUGAAUUCUCCAGCGAAGACAAAGAUACAAAGAAUUUUACUCCCUGCUGUCUGAAUGGUGGGCAUGGAGCCUUCUGAAGAUUUGAAAGUUAAGUGGAGAAACAAAACAAUCCUAGGGGCCUAUGCAUUCAGAAGGCCCCAACAAUUAGGACUAAGGAGGACUAGCGUUGCGCACUGACAAACAUCCAACCGCCAUAGAGAACAUGUCAGCCAUGUCAACAAUUUGUCUGCGGAAAGUGAUUUCACAUUCACCAGUGACGAAGCACUGAGCAAUCCCUCUUUAUCAUACAACCGCAAGAAACCAGACUGAGAAGCACAGGACACCAGCCGUGGACACGCAGCAACUCAGUUAUGUCUAUAAACAGAUAUCUGCAUAUGAAUGAAUCUGUAGGUAAGGGACAAGAUCAUUGUUUCGGAACAAGGAGGACUAUCUUUAUGCUUCAUUCAUUCACAACUCUUUCUCUAUUCCCACUUCUCUAAUCAGCUUACUACAGGCAUUCACUCUUUAGUUAAACCAACCAGAUUUUGCAAUGAUCUCCAUCAGCCAAUUAUGUAGUCGGUGUCAAACUUUAGAUCGGAUCUCCUCUCUGCAGCUAUCAGCUGUCAUUUUAGUGCGAAGUUGCUGCUCCUCCACCACGUUCACCUCCAGAUUCAGGUCCAGUUCAAGCCCAGCAGAAUUCCACUUCAUUCCCCUGUCUACACUCCAUCGGGUGGAGGGGAGGGUCAUUUAUAAACAUUGGGUAGGCACAAAGAGAAGGCAGAAGCCACUAUCUAAGCAAACUUUGGGAUUUAUAAAAAACAAACAGGAAAAUGUGCAGCCCUCCACAGAAACUUUGACCCAUGUGUAUGCACAUUAACUGGAUGAGAGAAAUGAGAAAUUGUGACUCAGAUGGCAGAAGGAUGAAACUCGACUUGAAAUUCAUACCAUUGUGUAAAACAAAUCAAAACAUUACCUCUCACAUAUCAUACUACUUAGAACUAAUUUGCAAAAAUGGAUAAAAGCCAUUAAAAUGAAUAAACAAACAUCUGUUUGAUAGAUCCUCCCUGGAGUGCACACUGUAAUUAAUACUUGCAUUGUCAAAAUUUGUGGACUUCAUUAAGCCCUUUGUCUAGACCAUACCAGCCUACAUCAGCCAUGGUUUUGGGUAGGUUUAGAUACCAAAACUACUUGAUUAGGGUUAGGAAAAGGUCAUGGUUUUGGUCAGGUUUAGACACCAAAACAAUUUGAUUAGGGUUAGGAAAAGAUCAUGGUUUUUGUCAAGUUUAGAUACCAAAACUACUUGAUUAGGGUUAGGAAAAGAUCAUGUUUUUGGGUAGGUUUAGACACCAAAACUACUUGAUUAGGGUUAGGAAAAGAUCAUGGUUUUGGGUAGGUUUAGAUACCAAAACUACUUGAUUAGGGUUAGGAAAAGAUCAUGGUUUUGGGUAGGUUUAGAUACCAAAACUACUUGAUUAGGGUUAGGAAAAGAUCAUGGUUUUGGGUAGGUUUAGACACCAAAACUACUUGAUUAGGGUUAGGAAAAGAUCAUGGUUUUGGGUAGGUUUAGACACCAAAACUACUUGAUUAGGGUUAG